GCAAUAAAUUAUUCAUAUCUUUUUCCUACUAACAAAUUCAUACUACGACUAUGGAGGAUUUAGAUGGGCAUCCCUUAUACAGCUGCAACCGGUGCCGAAAUCCCAUUGCACUUCGCCAUAACCUUCUUUCUAAAUCUUUCAAGGCCAAAUCGGGGCAAGCAUAUAUGUUUUCAGAGGUGAUGAACGUUGUGGUAGGGGGUAAGAGAGAGCAACAACUAAUGACCGGACGGUUUGUGGUGGCGGAUGUGGCGUGUAACAAGUGUGGAGAAGUCUUGGGGUGGAAGUACUUGAAAUCUUUCGAAGAUUCACAAAGAUAUAAACUUGGAAGAUUCAUCAUCGAAAAAUCCAAGAUUCUCAAAGAAUACUCAUGAACGCAUGAUCUUAAUGUUAAUGUUUUCAAAUAUGUAUAUCAUGUAUCAAUAAUAAAUUUGGAAUCGAAAAGGAGUUACUAUA